UUCCUUUUUAUCUUCUCUGUCUCUUUUCUUUUUCUCACUUCCCUCUUUCUCUCUUUCGCUUUGCUCUGUUCACUCAAAAAAAAAAAAAAAAAAAAACUAAACACGAACAAGAUGUUGUUGGGGAAGAGACAGAGACCACCGAUAAAGAGAACAACGAGUCUGUCGGAGAUAAAGUUCGAUUUGAACUUACCUAGCGAACAAGAGCCGUCCGAUCAUCAGAUUCAGAACCCUCCGUCCCGGAAACAGUUGAUGACCGUUGAUGAACACGGUGAUGUUCAUCAUCAUGUAACGUUAGAUCAACGGCUCUUAGCGAUGGUCUCACCGAGAGGUGCACAGAGGAGACACUCAGCAGAUAACUCCACUCACGCCGGAGAGUUUCUGAGAUCUUGCUCCCUCUGUAAACGCCAUCUUGUUCCCGGCCGCGACAUCUAUAUGUAUAGAGGAGAUAGGGCGUUUUGUAGUUUAGAGUGCAGGCAACAGCAGAUUACUGUGGACGAGAGGAAAGAGAAGGCUUCGGUUGGGUCCACCGUCGUAGUCGCCGCCGGACCCGCCAAAGGAAAGAGAGUUUCCGCCGCCGUGUAGGUCUCUUUUAUUUAUAUCUCGGUAUGAUUGCAUUAGUUAUGGGUAUGUAUUAAAAGCAUUGAGCAUUGACUGUGAUUAACCUUGUUAAUCAUUUUGUAAACUAUGCUUUUUAAACUUAUAAGACUAUGGUGUUUUGCAUAUAAGGUUUGUGUUCUACCGAUUAAUCAG